GGCGGGCGCCUCCGCAAGAGCUUCGUGGGCGUCGCCCUCCGGACCUGCGGGCUCUCUGCCAGGUGGCGGCACGCGCUCGGCGAGCUCGCCCGCCUCGCAGGCCUCGGGGCCCAGACCGGGACACCGCUCGGCACCGACGCGGCGCUCGUCUCCCAGACUUUCUGGCCCUGGCAGCGGGGGCUGGCGGUGCUGCGGGAGGCCCUGCGCCGCGGCGUCCGAGUUCCAGG